AAAAAACAAGCAAAAACGAAUUAUCGGUUUAGUUUGUUGAAAUUGUUCAUCGAUGAGUGAAUUAUUGCGGUUAAUUUGUAGCAGUAAUGGAAAUAACUGUUAAAAUAAAAUAAAAUAAAUAAAAAAUGGAUUCAGAGAACUUAAGAAAGACUGUUCUCUUGAAAGAAAAUGCGAAGGAUAAUCAAUGUGGCAUAAAAAUUAAUCUGGAAUUGCCGGAUACUAUUUCCACAAUAACAUUACGAAACAGUUUGGAUUUGGACGAUAAAUCCAACGAGUUAUUUCAAAUUGAGGACAAUGCACAAGAAGAAAUCAAUAAUAAUGAUUGGAAAAUAUGUGCCAAACACUUCAAACUCUUUAUAUUAAUCUCCCUGUGGUUAGUUUGCAGCAGUUCAUUGAUGGUAAACAAUGUUAAAGUUCAGGACAUGCAUCAGAUCAGUGUUCCGAAAGAGAGCACUGAAAGCUAUGUCAUACUGAAGAAACCCAAGGAUAACAAAGUGACAGUGAUGCUGGCGGGAGCUCUUCUGCCGCCGUAUUACGGAAACCUCUCCAAACACUGGAUGACAGUCUACAUACAGUUGAUAGUUUUGAACAAAAUGCCUAUUGAUAAAGAUAGAAGUAUAGAGGAGUCCAACAUCAUUCUCUUGCAAAAUGUCUCCAAAAUUUGGCAUGUUCCUUUGGUAACGGAAAACUUAAUUGGGGUGGUACCUGAGGUUAAGUUGAAGAACGUUUUCAAGCUGUCCCCGCACCAAAUAGAAAACACGACGGUUAAUUUGCUUCAAAUUCAGUUCAGUACGAACCUGCAAACGAACUUUCCUGUUUCUGUGGGCUACAACUUGCACCCUAUAAACACUGACGACGGCAUCAUCUAUGCUGCCCUUGUUUUGGUUGGGCUCUACAUCCUAAUCAUCUUUGAUAUUAUUCACCGAACGUUGGCUGCAAUGCUGGCCAGUACGAUUUCCUUGGCAAUUUUGGCAGCCAUGAGUGCUAGACCAACAAUGUCCGAAAUCGUUUCAUGGAUAGAUAUCGAGACAAUUAUGCUGCUUUUUUCCAUGAUGACCCUUGUCACCAUAUUCAGCGAAACUGGGGUUUUCGAUUACAUGGCUGUCAAAGCUUUUGAGUUUACAGGUGGAAAAGUUUGGCCUUUAAUAAACGUGAUUUGUAUCAUAACCACGAUAUUUUCCAGUCUACUGGACAAUGUUACCACAGCUCUCCUGGUAACUCCGGUAACAAUAAAGCUUUGUGAGGUUAUGAAGCUAAACCCUGUUCCAAUACUUAUGUACACGAUCAUAUUUGAUAAUAUUGGAGGGUCCCUUACGCCCAUUGGUGAUCCUCCAAAUGUUAUAUUGGCCUCAAAUGCCGCAGUUAAGGCUUCUGGCGUCAAUUUUGGAGUUUUCACCAUGCACAUGGGUGCAGGUGUUAUUUUGAGCUUGGUUGUGGUUUACAUACAACUAAGAUACAUCUACAGCAACCCUUCCAACUUUAAAUACUCUUUACCGAUUGAAGUGGAAGAGUUAAAAAGGGAAAUAGCUGUCUGGCAAAGAACAGCCGCCUCUGUGGCUAGUUACAGCAAGGAUGAGGAAGCAGUCAAGGAGUCCCUGAUUAAAAAAUCAGAAAAACUGAAAGGGCUGCUACAACAUACAAUGCACAAUACGAGUGCUCUUUCUGAUAUAUAUCGAAACAAUUUGGAAACCUUGAAGAUAAAGUAUCCCAUUAAAGACAAAAUGCUUUUGAUCAAAUCCGGUGGAACUCUUUGCUUGGUUAUCUUCGUGUUCUUCCUGCAUUCCAUUCCAGCAUUCAGUAAGUUGGGUUUGGGAUGGACAUCGUUACUGGGAGCUCUGUUGCUUCUACUUUUGUACGAUAAGGACGAUAUCGAAAGCAUUUUCAAUAGAGUGGAAUGGGCAACUUUGCUCUUCUUUUCUUCUUUGUUUAUUUUGAUGGAGGCUUUGUCUCAACUGGGACUCAUCGACUGGAUCGGAAAACAAACCCAAGCCAUCAUAAUGUCAGUGAGCCCAGACUCAAGACUGACUGUGGCUAUAAUUCUGAUGUUAUGGGUGUCUGGGUUAGCGUCUGCGUUCGUAGACAAUUUACCAUUGACCACCAUGAUGGUAAGGAUAGCCACCGACUUGUCCGAUAAUAGAGAGUUGAACCUUCCUUUGCAACCCUUGAUUUGGGCCUUGGCUUUUGGGGCCUGCUUUGGAGGUAACGGUACUUUAUUCGGGUCUUCAUCGAACAUAGUAUGUGCUGGUAUAGCAGAACAGCAUGGGUACCGUUUCUCAUUUCUGGAAUUUAUGAAGGUUGGAGUUCCAGUAAUGUUUUUAAGUUUAAGCGUAGUAACAGUUUAUCUUUUAAUAUGUCAUGUGGUUUUUGAGUGGCAUUAAUGUAUUGUUAUUUUUAAUUUGUUAAUAAAUAUUUAAAAUUGUUGUUUUAA